AUGUCCACUAAGACGGUUAUUAUCUUGCUAGCAUCUUUAUCGCAGGGAAGAGAAAUCUUGAAGAGACGUCACGAUGAAUCAACACCCAUUAUAGAUAAAUUCCCAUGGUCUUCCUUCCUCAACAAAACAGGUCUCGAUCCGCUCCAGUAUCUCAAACUUCCAUCUGACGAAACACCCGAGACACUCGAACCCGGUCCCGAUCGAAUCGCCUGCCCAGUCUCCAUAGCCGCGUGGUCGAACUUCACCGAUGCAGAACAGCACAUAAGCAUCCCAGCUGGUCAAUGCCUAUCCGCAACAGAAGGAACAUGCCGAACCGUGACGUGUGCGCCGAGAAGAAAUGUCACCAUUGUUAGUGAUGAAAUAACAGGACGAAUGUGGAAUCCUGUAUCAACGAAGUGUGUGUUUGGUGGCGUUGGGGGAAUAUGGCAGAAUGAUGGGUCAACUCUGGUCAUUGAGAUGGGAUACGCAAGUCAAGAGUAA